AUGGACGUCCCCGGCAUCGCAUUGAUCACAGGAGCCGCCUCAGGCAUCGGCAAAGCCUGCGCAAACGCCUUCGCCAACGACGGUGCCUCCGGCCUCGCCUUACUCGAUAUCAACCAAGAGGCCCUAGACGCAGUCAAAGCCGAGAUUGAAGACAAACAAAAACAAAAAGGUGUUGCGAACUCCAUCCGCAUCGAAGUCUUCCCAACCAACAUCGCGGAUGAGACCCGAGUCAACAAGGUAGUCGAAGAAGUCGCGAAGAAAUUCGGCCGCAUCGACUACGUAGUCAAUGCAGCCGGUAUCGCCAUGAAACACCAAGGCGGCGCAGCAUUCUGCGAAACAAGUGACUGGGAACGAAUCUUGAAUAUCAACCUGUCGGGAACAUUCUUUGUUCUUCGUGCUGCGGCUAGGAUCAUGCUUAAACAGGAUCUUAUUCUGUCCAGCAUUGAUGGAAGACCUUUGCAGCGUGGGUCAAUUGUCAAUUUCUCUUCUAUUCAGGGUGUUGUUGGAAUCCCGUUAUCGACUGCUUAUACGACGAGCAAACAUGCUGUUAUUGGGUUGACAAAGACUGCGUCCGAUGAUUAUGCGAAUCAGGGAUUGAGGAUUAAUGCUAUUUGUCCCGGUUAUACUGAGACGCCGCUUACGACCAAGUCACCGCAGAUUCUGCAGGCUAUGAUGGAGCGGGUUGCAAGUAUGGUGCCAAUGGAGCGCAUGGGAAGGCCGGAGGAGAUUGCUGAUGGGGUUCUGUAUCUUGCUGGAGGGCGCAGUUCUUUUGUCACUGGGUCUUCGUUGAUGGUUGAUGGUGGUUACACUGCGCGGUAG